AUGAGCGACUAUCCAACUUCCAGUACUCCCGUCAAGGCAAUUGGUCUGAGAGAGAUAUGCGAGGUCAAUGGUCGAUACUUCUCUAGGAAGACGGGUACUCAGCAAUGGUUUGAAUACCAACCCGAAAAUACCUCACCACCAGCCGGUCAGGCCCAGUCUCAGGCUCUUGAUCUUUCGCUCGUUCAUCAAAAACAGGGCCCGGGCGAACCUUUACAUUGGGCUCUCCUUGUCGCCCGCGAAAAUCAGCCGGGCAUGGUAUAUCAGGUCAAAGGAGAUGCAGAAUACAUGACGUACCAGACUCCGAACCGCUCAGUCGACAUAACUAAUUCUGCAUCUUUCUUGACUAUGUACCAAUUGGCCGUCGUGACAGAGCAGCAGGCUGCGGUGGUGAAAGAGGUCGCAGAUAACGAAAUCCCUCCUCGAGCACCUAAUCGGCAAUCUGUCAAGGAGAACUGCCAAGGCUGGACCGUGCGGGUUAUCACUAAAUUGGUUGAAAAGGGCAUUGUAUCAAAUGCGAAGCUUCAAAUGGCUAAAUCGAUGAUGCAACCAGUUUGA